AUGAAUGGUCAAAAUCCUGCUCCUCCUGUCAGUGAUGGUAUUACUCCACUCCAGCAGAUGGUGGCGUCCUGUUCAGGGGCCAUCCUCACAUCGCUGUUCGUCACACCUUUAGAUGUUGUGAAGAUCAGACUGCAAGCCCAGAAAAAUCCCUUCCCCAAAGGCAAAUGUUUUGUCUAUUGCAAUGGACUUAUGGACCACAUAUGUGUGUGUGAGAACGGGAACUCUAAGGCCUGGUACAAAGCCUCAGGUCACUUCACUGGCACUCUGGAUGCAUUCAUCAAGAUAGUCCGCCGCGAGGGCACCAAGGCGUUAUGGAGCGGCCUGCCUCCAACACUCGUGAUGGCGGUCCCCGCCACCGUGAUUUAUUUCACGUCUUACGACCAGCUGUGUGCAGUAUUGAGGGUGCGAAUGGGAACCAGCGCUGAGCUGGCUCCUCUGCUAGCAGGAGCCAUCGCUCGAGUGGGCUCGGCGACAGUGAUCAGCCCCCUGGAGCUGAUCCGCACUAAGCUGCAGUCUCAGAGACAGUCCUACAGGGAGCUGAGCGACUGCAUCCGGUCAGCAGUGGAGACGGAGGGCUGGCUGUCCCUGUGGCGGGGCCUGGGGCCCACGCUGCUCCGAGAUGUGCCCUUCUCAGCCAUGUACUGGUACAACUAUGAGAAAGGGAAGAGCUGGCUGUGUGAAUGGCACAACACCAGCGAGCCCACCUUUAGCAUCACCUUCGUGUCUGGAGCGCUGUCAGGUUCUAUUGCAUCUAUUGUUACUUUACCCUUUGAUGUUGUCAAAACAAGAAGACAAUUGGAGCUUGGAGAACUACAAGCAAAGAACUUGCCAUGUCAGAUGUCGUCCUCCACCUUCUGUGUGAUGAGCAGGAUUGUGGCAGAGGAUGGCUUUCGUGGACUGUUUGCUGGUUUCAUCCCCAGACUGAUCAAAGUGGCUCCUGCUUGUGCCAUCAUGAUCAGCACAUAUGAGCUUGGAAAAGCCUUUUUUCACAAACGCAACCAGGAGAGGAUGCUCAUGCCAUUGCAGACCAAUAACACAUAA